AUGGAAUCUAGUGACAGCGACACGUUUCAGCGGCCGAGCUCUCUCUUGUCGUCUGUGGACCAUGUUGAAUUGAACAUCCAGCCAGCAUCCUCCUCGAAAGAUCGGGAAAGCUUGCAAUCCCCAAAGCAAGAACGAUCCCUGAGGGUGGCUACCCGAGCUACCGGAUCUCUGUCUCUCGUUCUCUGCUGUGUAUUUUUGAUUCCGUAUGCCGUAUUUGCUGUGGCUCUCUGGGGGCUUGCUCUGAUAGAGUAUUUCAUCUGUUUGAGUCGCCGAGGGAGAACCCUCAAUUACAAUGACAUGACGUUGGUCAAGACUGAACGGGACGUAAGAAGUUACAUUUGGAAAAAUAUCAGUCGCGGGACCGACAACCCUACACGUCGAUUUUGCGGUGGUGUGGCCUACAUUUUGCUGCCCUCCUUGAGAAUCCAGGACUCGGUGAAGCACCGCGACUAUGUGGCAAAGAGUGAGAAAAUGGCGAAAGUAAUAGAGGACGAAAUAAAGGGUUGCAGACACCUGCUAGAUGCGUUGGAGAAGGAGUUAGUCGAUAUGAAAUAUAUUGCCAUAACCCAGGCCACUGCUGACCACACAGGCUAUCAUGGACUGGCCGACUGGGCGCAGAAAACAUUGGAGAACCACAAGGAUCUAAUCGAAGCUUUAUAUCAAGUCUCUUUUGUCGGAGCUGGUCUCACGUACAGUACAAUCUUCAGCGCUACUCGAGGAAACAUUGGCCUCAUGUGCUACGCAUUUGCACUAUUCAACUGCGGAUUCACUAUUCCCAUGGUCUCGAUUGCACUCUUGAAAUGGGCAGCUUCCAGGCCGCGCGAAGCCCUCUUCGCUUCCCCGAAGAUAUGGAGCGCGUUGCUGAACGUUUUCCUUUACGUCUCCGGUACGGCAAUCGCGGUGGCCAUAUGUCUGCUGAACGUGACCAUUGUCUUCCUACAAUUUCGGGAGGACAGUGAUGGCGUUCGGACGGACUCACCAGCUCAGUUCAAUGUUGCACCGCGCCCUGCAGGAAUAUUUGCUCUGGUAUGCAUCACCAUCCCCAGCAUCAUGACUCUCCUUGCGCUCGCGUUGCAUUACUGCGCAAACGGUUGGGAUACAUUAUUCUCCGCUCUCAUCGGUAACUACAAGCAGGAGUCAGGGCAGGGAUUUGAUAAUUAUAUAUUGCGAUGA